CUUCACAAAUCCCAUCUUCUUCUUCUUCCUCCUUCUCAGUCUCUGCCUCUCUAGUCUGGCUAUUUCAGCGCUUUUUAGCUGAUUACCUCGCCGGCAUUUCUCUUUCUUCUCUCUCUUUUUUGUCUUUGUGUUUUUGCUUUUCACUAUGGAGAAGUCUGCGUCCGUGGCUGCUCUGUUACUGCUACUCUGUUUUCCGGUAGCUUUCUCCGGCCAUGAUUACGGCCAAGCACUUUCCAAGAGUCUUCUCUUUUUCGAAGCUCAGAGAUCUGGCGUCCUCCCUCGUAACCAGAGAGUCACUUGGCGCUCUCACUCCGGUCUCAACGACGGCAAAUCAAGCGGCGUGAAUCUGGUCGGAGGUUACUACGACGCCGGAGACAAUGUGAAAUUUGGACUUCCGAUGGCAUUCACGGUGACGAUGAUGGCUUGGAGCGUCAUCGAAUACGGCAAUCAGUUAGCGGCUAACGGCGAGCUUGGCCACUCCAUUGAUGCCAUUAAAUGGGGCACUGAUUACUUCAUCAAAGCCCAUCCUGAGCCCAACGUCCUUUACGGCGAGGUCGGAGACGGCAACACCGACCAUUACUGUUGGCAGAGACCGGAAGAAAUGACGACGGACCGAAAAGCUUACCGGAUAGAUCCGAGUAAUCCCGGGUCGGAUCUCGCCGGAGAAACAGCAGCCGCCAUGGCCGCCGCUUCUAUCGUCUUCCGCCGCUCUAACCCUGCUUACUCUAGGUUACUGCUCACCCACGCUUAUCAGCUGUUUAAUUUCGCCGACAAAUACAGAGGAAAAUACGACAGCAGUAUCACCGUUGCUCAGAAAUACUACCGAUCCGUCAGUGGUUACAAUGACGAAUUACUUUGGGCAGCUGCGUGGCUAUACCAAGCUUCGAACAAUCAGUUCUACUUGGACUACUUGGGUCGUAACGGUGACUCCAUGGGUGGAACUGGUUGGUCCAUGACCGAGUUCGGUUGGGACGUCAAGUACGCUGGUGUUCAAACCCUUGUUGCCAAGUUCUUGAUGCAAGGCAAAGCAGGACGUCACACGCCUGUGUUUCAGAGGUUUCAACAGAAGGCUGAUUUCUUUAUGUGUUCGUUGUUGGGUAAAGGCUUGAGGAACAUUCAGAAGACUCCAGGUGGUUUGAUUUUCAGACAGCGUUGGAACAAUAUGCAGUUUGUCACAAGUGCUUCCUUCUUGACCACGGUUUACUCUGAUUACCUAACUUCCUCUCGAAGCAACUUGAGAUGUUCUUCUGGAAAUGUCGCUCCUUCGCAGCUUCUUUCUUUCGCUAAAUCUCAGGUGGAUUAUAUUCUUGGAGAUAACCCAAGAGCAACGAGCUAUAUGGUUGGAUAUGGUAACAAUUUCCCUCAGAGAGUUCACCACAGAGGCUCCUCCAUCGUCUCUUACAAAGUUGACCGCACGUUUGUCACUUGCCGAGGUGGUUAUGCCACCUGGUUCAGCCGUAAAGGCAGUGACCCGAACCUUCUCACUGGUGCUAUUGUCGGUGGCCCUGAUGCUUACGACAAUUUCGCUGACAGGAGAGAUAACUAUGAGCAGACUGAGCCUGCUACUUACAACAAUGCACCACUCCUAGGUGUUCUUGCUCGUCUCAGCAGCGGACAUUCCGGUUAUAGCCAGCUUCUUCCAGUGGUUCCAGCUCCUGUUGUCCGAAGACCAAUGCCUAUCCGUAAACCGAAAGUAACCUCCCCGGUCCGAGCUUCUGGUCCAGUGGCUAUAGUUCAAAAGAUGACUAGUUCAUGGGUCUCAAAGGGAAGGACUUACUACAGAUACUCAACAACUGUGAUUAACAAAUCACCAAGAGCUCUGAAAAGUGUAAACCUUUCGAUCAAGAAUCUCUACGGACCAAUCUGGGGACUCUCAAGAUCUGGAAACUCAUUUGGUUUACCUUCGUGGAUACACUCAUUGCAAUCCGGAAAAUCCCUAGAGUUCGUUUACAUUCACUCAACAUCUCCCGCAAAUGUAGCCGUCUCAAACUACACAUUGGCUUGACCAGACAACAACAAACAACUUCGAAGGAUCCUAAGAAAUCAUAGUGUGUAUAGGUCGUGAGAAGAAGAAAUAGAAAGUGUUGGUUUUUCCCUCUGGUUCGUCAAGAACGUUGAAAGGUUUGGUCUUUUAUCUUCAUUUUUGCUUUUUUCUUUUUCGGGUUUCUCUGGUGAAUAUAAAAGGGUUGAGGAAGGGUGGAAGAAAGGUGUGAAGAGACAGUGAAGACUCUUCAAAAAAUUUAAAGAAGAGUGAAGGUGCUCAUCCUCUUUCUACGCAAAAUUCAAUGCUUUUAAAUUUAUAUAUAAAUAUAUGGUGAGAGAGAGAGAGAGAGAGAGAGAGGAAGAUAGAGAAAGAUAGUGUUUUGUGAGAUCUUCCUUCUCUUAAAAAGGGUUAUUGUGAGAUUUUGCAAGGAUUGUUUUUUCUUUCCUUGUAGCUCAAAAAACAUGUGUAUGUCUUUGUCGUUUGUGUUUUAUUUUUCUUGGUGAUCAGUUGUAACACUCAACAACAGUCCUUAAAUGAAAUGUG